GUAGAACGUGACCCGGGCAUCAAGAAAAUGUUAUCUGGCCGGGUACCCGCACACUUAACACUCCCCAAGUCCCAAAAGGCCAAAAAGCCGCAGAAAAUCAGAAGAAGAAAAGAAGGAAAAGAAGGAAUGCCGUGCUUGAAUUUGUCGACCAACGUUAACUUGGAAGGCGUUGAUACUUCCGCUAUUCUCUCCGAGGCCUCAAAAUCUGUCGCCAAAAUCAUCGGCAAGCCCGAGGCCUAUGUUAUGGUUGUACUGAAGGGAUCUGUACCGAUGACCUUUGGUGGGUCUGAGCAGCCAAGUGCUUAUGGAGAGUUGGUUUCAAUCGGGGGACUCAAUUCUGACGUGAACAAGAAACUGAGUGCUGCAAUAGCCACCAUUCUUGAAGGGAAGCUGAAUGUGCCCAAGAAUCGAUUCUACUUGAAAUUCUAUGAUACUAAGGCAAGUAAACAAAUAUCAGACUUCAAUUAUCUUGCUGAAAUGUAUGACUGCAACGCAUGUAUAUGCUCAUUGCAUUGUUCCCCUAUUUUUUUGCUUUUAGGCCCAUCGAAGUCAAGAUUAUGCCCAGUGUCUGCAUGCUUUACACCAGUACUAGCUCAUGUAAUUUGCUUUGCUAUUUAGAGUCAUUUGUAGAGCUUUCGCUUUCUUUGUUUUCUGAUUGCGACGGACAUAAUAUCACCAUGACAAAACAUUAGAUGCCUAAAAAGAGCUUUUGGGUGUCUCUAAUCUUGAGGAUAUUGUCAUGUUUAGGCUCAUUUUUUGGAGCUUUACAACUUGCUAUUCUGUACCUUUGAUGUCGCCAGUGAACCAGAUUAAAUGAAACUUAAUAUAGCUCAAAUGGCAUGGUUGACUAAUGGCGCACUAGUUGAAUUUGGCCAUCUUCUUAUAUACAACUGGAAGAUUUGUGUCUAAAGUAUGACUGACGGAAAGUUACAGACUAAAAAUGCCAAAAACGAUAUCCCUAUGUUUCCCCACAGACGGAAUUCUUAUAAACUGAUUGGUUGCCAAAUUAUUAUGUUUGCAGGGUUCCUUCUUUGGAUGGAAUGGUGCCACUUUCUAGGUGUCUGGUACUCUGGUAGCCAUGUUGAUCAUCUUGGGCAGAAAGAACUAUGUAGUCAUAAAAUGCUACUUCAUGGGCCAUGACUGGUGUCCUCUCUUAAAUACUGUCUAAUUAGCUAAUUAUUGUCGAUCAUCCAUUGUGGGUGUAUGCACUUUAAAAUUCUCAGUAUGUAUGAUCAUGGGAGUAUCAAGUAUGAAGCACGGACUUGUUAUUUUUUAGGGGAAAAGAGUUUCAAUGCUUUAGUUACUACUUCAUCCUUCUCAUUUCAAUUCAUCCGCAUACAUUUAUUAUAAAAUGGACUGUUAAGAUGGGGAAAACAGAUUAUAAGUAGAAUGAGAAUGGUGCUUAGGUUGCUUGCCUUUGAAUGAAAAGUCUGUCUACCCUACACCCUGAACCCACGCACAAACACCUGAAUAUUGUGUGGCUGAGUGCUCUUUAAUUAUCUCUUGAUAAAAUGUAAAUUUAUUAUGACUAUCCCUAUGUUAAACGCAAUUGUAAAUGGUAGAACUUGUUUCCGUAAUAAA